AUGGAUAUUUGUAUCUACAGAGAUCACAUUCCCGGGGUUUACACUCAGUUCUAUUUCUAUGCAGGCCAACCUGCCACAAGUGAUAACGCAGCUGAUGCUCUCCCAUACUCUAAUUUGCAAGAAAAAAGUUUUCGGAGGUCAUCCAUCAGCAAACUCGCAGCCCAAGGAGCCUCUAAGCUUUACAGUCCUAAUUAUGUGUUAAAUACUCUGUUGCUCCAUGCUGAAUUAGAAACUUGCAGUAUUACUACAAUGCUCAGAGCUCCAAUGAUACUUACCUUGUUGCUGUCCAUGGUAUCAUUAGGAAUAAUUUAUAGAGCGAUGAUUAAACAGAACAGCAUUGAUCCUGGCAAUUAUAAAUGGCUUGGAAAUGUAAUGUUCAACACUGAUAAACAAAAAUGGAUUCAAAUAAAGAAUAUACUAUUUCAACAAUCACCUAGAUUAACUUAUAACAACUUAGAAACUACAAUUUCUAAAAGCAUAACUCAGGAUGAUAUUGCAACUGAAGGAAAUGACGUCUUCACUUCAGUCAGUACCACAAGUAAAUUGUUGAAAACUACAGACAAUAAGAUGUACAAUCAUGUAAAUCCAUCACAUGUUCUAGGACCAGGCAAUGGUAUAAUAUUUCUAGAGACUGGGAGGAGGACACAGCUACCUUCCUUGGUGCUAUGUGCAAUUGAAUCAGCUGCUCGUGUAUAUCAUGAUAGGCCAGUAGUUUUCUUUACAAAUGGAUUGUCUGAAAAUAACUCAGUGAGUGAUGAGGAUCCCACCCAAUUGAGAAUACCAUUUCUUUCAUCUUUUCCAAACAUCUAUGUCUUCCCUUUAAAACUAGAAAAAGUGUUUAAGGAUACACCACUUUUACCAUGGUACCAAAAGAUGAAUCCUAAAAAGGAGCCAUACUUGGUGAACAACUAUUCAAAUGGCUGUAGAUUGGCCCUCAUAUGGAAAUAUGGUGGCAUUUAUAUGGACACAGACAUCAUUUCUAUUUCACCUGUUCAAGAAGGCAACUUUCUGACAGCACAGAGUCCAAAUGUAUUAAAUAAUGCUGUUUUUGGACUAUCAACGCAUCACAAUUUCACAUGGAACAGCAUGGAGAAUUUUGUGAAGAACUACAAGGGAUAUGUAUGGGGAAACCAAGGUCCCUACCUAUUUACGCGUGUUCUGAAGAAAUUUUGUAACAUAUCUCGAUUAGAAAGUGUACAAGAUCAUGUAUGUGGAAAUGUCUCCUAUUUACAACCACAGCGUUACUAUCCUAUCCCGUAUCCAUCAUGGAAGAAAUUUUAUCAAAAAUCGGACAAGCUUCCAACAUUUAAUAAUAGCUAUGCUUUACAUAUCUGGAAUAAAAUGAAUCAACAGAAAAUGACUAUGGUACCUGGGAGUAAAACACUAAUAGAACAUCUCUACAAAGAGCAAUGCCCGACCAUUUAUGGAGCUCUUGCAAGAAAUGAAUAUAUUGAAAAUUAG